CAAAUCGACCAGUGAAGACUGAAGAGAGUGAGAGAGAAAGAAAUUGAGAUUUGGAGGUUCUUGGUUUUGGUGAUCUUUCUAAUCCAAUGGCGGGUUUACGACUCCCCUUCGUAUCAUCUCUAGCUAACGCUAUUGUUUCUCUUCAAAAGGAACCCAUUUCUACUCCCGCCCCAUUCAAGCUCACUCGAAGAAGAACAAGAAAGAAUCAUCUUCGCCUAAAGAUUCUCAAGAAACCCCAAACCGAAAUUCUCUUCCCCGAACCAUUUCCCGAAUCUCCCACAAUCCAAUUUCAAACCCCAUCUCCAGAUUUAUCAGACCCAUUUCUCGAACAGGAUGCAAACCAAGGAACAACCACUGAUACCCAUCAACAACAACAAUCUCAGUAUUCAUCAGACCGAUUUGUCGAACUCGACCCAAAUGAAGGAACUACAGAAACAAUCGGAGUUCCCGUCGGCGGCAGCGAUGCUGGUGGUGUCAAUACUACAUUUUCGACGAGGUCAGUUGUUAAAGUAGGGAUGUAUUUAGUUGCAGCUUUUCUAUUUCAAACAGUAUUCGCUGUAUUAGUAUUCCGGCCAGAUGGUUAUGAACGUGAUGAUAGAAGAUUGGAUGAUGUAAAUGAGAAAGAAGUAGAAGGAAAUUCUAGUAUGGGUGUUGAUGAAUCUGAAAUGGGAAAGAAAGUUUUUGAGAUUCAAGCCAUGGCUAGAGCUGCUAGAGUGAAAGAAAGAUUGGAGUUUGAAAGAAAUAGGGCAGACAGUGAUGAAGUUAUUAGAACUGGCAUAGGGAAGGAGGUUGAUAACAAACUGGUUAAUGUAAGAACAAGAUUGCAGAAAAGUCCAGUGAAGCUACCAUUGUCUAUGCCCGAAACUGAUCAGGAUCAAGAGACAUCUAAUUUAGGUGAUUCUGAAAACUUGUUGAUGUUUGAGAAAAAGUACAAGUUCAAGAACUCAUCAGCUAAACCGGAUAAUAAGCCCCUUGGAUUUCGAGGUUUCAGCAACAAUGGCAAGUCUGGAAGAAUCGGAGAUGAACUAAACGGAAGCCAUAAGAGUAGAAGAAAAGGGAAACCAGUCAAACCAGCUAUAGCAAACAGAAGAAAGGUUGAAGAAAGUGAUCAAAUGAAAAAUGGUAUUGCUGAAUCAAGAAAACAAAACAGAGAGUUGGAUGAUAAUAAAGACGAUGAUCUGUGGUGGUUGAAACUUCCUUAUGUUAUGGCUGUUUUUAUGCAUGGGCGUGAGGAAGGUGAAGGACCAGAAGGGUUGUUUUCGAUAAAGUUGGCGAAUUCAAGUGAUAUGUUGUCGUCUCAUACUGUUGCUUUUGAAGAUCGUGGCGAUGCUAUCAACUUCUGUUAUAUACUGCAGUCGUUUUUUGGUGAACUUAACGAUUUUAAUGCCGAUAUUCUUCCAUUACCAGUAAAGGAACUGGAAGUGGAAGUUAAGUCAAAGAAGAUGAAGGUAAUCGUGGUAAAGAAGGGACAAUUGAAGCUGUAUGCUGGACAAUCGCUUUCUGAAGUCGAGUCAGCUUUACAUUCUUUAGUUAAAUGAGACACAACAAGAAUGUUGUACAGAAGAAGAAGGUGAUGCAAGCUCUAAAGAUGAUUUCUUCAUAUAGGUUCAAACUUUCUUCAAUUCAACACAUUGCAAUUUUGUCCAAUAUGUAUUUUUUAAUCUAUUCAUUAUUGUUGUU